AUGGCUAAAGUUAAAAUAUCCGAAACAGCUUGUGGUAAACUAGCAGCUCAAUUUGAAGGAUAUAGUUAUAGAAUUGAACGCCAUCAAAAAGAAUCGACUCAUGGAAAUGUUGGGAAUAUGGUUGUCCUGGUCUCCUUAUAUCGUAAUCUUCAAAAUCUCGGUUUUCAACAAGAGUAUGUGGAUGAUGAAGCUGUUCGAAAAUAUUUUCGUAUGAUAUCAGGAAUCCCAUUUCUACCAACACAUUUAGCACAAUCGACCUAUGAUGAAGUAGUUGAUUCGACACCAUUACGUAUACGACAUAAAAUGCAACCAUUUUAUCAUUAUUUUACAAACACGUGGUUAAAUGGACAGUAUGCUAUUCAAGUAUGGAAUGUUUAUGGUCAAGAUAGACGAACAAAUAAUGAUAUUGAAUCAUGGCAUUCUAAGUUGUAA